UUCUCGAGUAGUCUUUUAUUUUUCAACUCUUUCACUAAGUUGAAAAGAAAGAAAAGAUGAGUUUGACUGUUGCAGAUGCUAUGGACUACAAAGGGUCCCCUGCUGAUAAGUCUAAAACUGGUGGUUGGGUACCUGCUACUCUUAUCUUAGGGAUUGAAAUAGUUGAAAGGCUUUCAACGAUGGGAAUAGCAGUAAAUCUGGUGACAUACUUAGGUGGUGCUAUGCAUUUGGCUAGUUCAAAUUCAGCCAAUAUUGUAACAGAUUUCAUGGGCACCUCCUUUCUCCUCUGCUUGCUUGGAGGCUUUCUUGCUGACUCUUUCCUCGGCAGAUACAAAACUAUUGCACUAUUUGCUCUUAUACAGACACUGGGAACUGGGAUGUUAACAGUGGCGACCAGCCUGCCCCAACUGCGACCCUCUCCAUGCCAUCGUCAUGAUGUCAAUUGCCAACCAGCAAAUGGUUUUCAAAUGGGAAUACUAUACUUAGCUUUAUAUCUCAUAGCAUUGGGUACUGGUGGCUUAAAAUCUAGUGUGUCAGGAUUUGGAACGGACCAAUUUGAUGAGAAAGAUGACAAGGAAAAGGCGCAAAUGGCAUAUUUCUUCAACAGAUUCUUCUUCUUCAUCAGCUUAGGGACAUUGACAGCAGUUACAGUGCUUGUUUACAUCCAAGAUGAAGUUGGACGGAUUUGGGCAUAUGGUGUUUGUUCAGUAUCCAUGUUCAUUGCCAUCAUAAUAUUCCUUCUCGGUACUAAAAGGUACCGAUACAAGAAAAGUGCAGGAAGUCCUAUUGUUCACAUUUUUCAAGUCAUUGUUGCUGCUAUAAGGAAGAGGAAAAUGGAUCUUCCAUAUGAUGCUGCCAUGCUCUAUGAGAGUACGUCUACUCCAGAGGCUAUGACAAUCCAACACACACAAGAAUUUAGAAUAUUGGACAAGGCUGCUAUCGUAACUGAGGGAGAUUUUGAGGAGCAUGCAUCUUGCUCUGCUCCAAAUCCAUGGAAGCUUAGCUCAGUGACAAGGGUCGAGGAAGUGAAAAUGAUGGCAAGGUUGCUCCCAAUUUGGGCCACCACUAUAAUAUUCUGGACCACCUACGCACAAAUGAUUACAUUUUCUGUUGAACAAGCUUCUACCAUGGAAAGAACAAUUGGCAACUUCCAAAUUCCAGCUGGAUCUCUCACUGUCUUCUUUGUCGCAGCCAUCUUGAUAACCUUGGCUCUUUACGACCGAAUCAUCAUGCCACUUUGGAAGAAAUGGAAAGGGAAACCAGGUUUUACAAACCUACAAAGAAUUGCCAUUGGCCUUGUUUUAUCCGUAAUAGGAAUGGCAGCAGCUGCACUAGCAGAGCAGAAAAGAUUAACAGUUGCGAAAUCAGUGGGCCGCAACACUUCAACUUUGCCAAUUAGUGUAUUCCUCUUGAUCCCACAGUUCUUCUUAGUAGGAGCUGGGGAAGCCUUCAUAUACACCGGACAACUUGAUUUCUUCAUAACACAAUCACCCAAAGGGAUGAAGACAAUGAGUACUGGCCUUUUCUUGACAACCCUUUCACUUGGUUUCUUCAUUAGCAGCUUCUUGGUCUCGGUUAUCAAUAAGACGACCAAAAGCAAUGCUACAGCUCAAGGCUGGCUUGCAGACAAUAUUAACUAUGGAAGGCUAGACUUCUUCUAUUGGCUUCUUGCUGCGUUAGGAGUCAUAAACUUUGCCAUCUAUCUAAAUUGCGCAACUUGGUACAAACCAAGGAAGCCUAAAUCUGCCAUACCCAUGGAGACGUUGCACAAUGGAUAUGGAGCUGAAGACAAGUGCUAGAAUAUAGCUAAGUGCCAAUGUAGCAAACAUACUAUAUAGUAUGAUUUUCAAGUUGCCCUUUAUGAUUUUAUUAGUUUCUCGUAUACCGAAUCAUGUAAUGUAUGAUUUUGUUAAAUAAUAUCAAUAUUAUGAAACCCACAUUUAAUUUGA